AGUUCAGAACAGCCAUUUUAAUUCUAAACUGUUUUGGAAUUGGAAUUUUGAAUUGACGACGAAGUUGUAAUAAGUUUUAAGUUUUAUGUGUUUAUGGGUGAAAUUUUACUACAAACGUAAAAAUAUUGUUCACAGCGAGCGAACUUUAUAUUCAUGUAUAAAUAGAGAUUAUACAAGCAAUUUCUAAAACAACGUAACAGUACGUUGUUAUGAUUCGUUGAUCAGCCUCUGGAAAUUAUUUGCUAAAAGUUGUAAGCUUCAAUAGGAUCAUGCAAUCUCCGAAACAAGCAGAUUGUGACACAGUGGAGUACUGGAAAAAUCUAGCAGAAUGCUAUGAACAGAAAGUGAACGACAUUCAGCAAGAAUUAGAUGAAUACACAGAAAAUUCGGCUCAGUUGGAAAAGGAAUUGGAAGCAUCAUUAGGGCAAGUUGAAAAACAGAACAGAGAUCUGGAACACCAAAAUCAACGCCUUAAAAAUGAAAUUGAAAUGUUAAAAAACAAGCUGGAAAGAAGUCAAUAUGAGACUAAUGCUUUAGAAAAUGAACUACAAGCUUUAAAGAUAGAUAAGGACAAGCAGGCAGCAUAUGUGAGGGAAUUGGAACAAAAGAACGAUGAUCUGGAAAGAGGUCAAAGAGUCAUAUCAGAAUCCGUAUCAUGUAUAGAAACAAUGUUAAAUGAAGCAUAUGAGAGGAAUGCAGUUCUUGAAAAUGAAGUUGAUGAAAUAGAAAAUCUUAGGAUAAAAUUGCAGAGAGCAAAUGAUGAAGCGAGAGAUCUGAAACAAGAAUUAAAAGUUGUUGAAAGAAUUCCAUCAAGUAAGAAAGAGGAAGAUGAAAAUGAAACAACAUUAACGAACGGACAUCUUUCAAAUUCAACUCGGAAUCAAGUUGAGAUUGAGACACAAACAUCCAUUAUGUCACCACAAAAACGGGAAAUAAAUGGUAACGCAAUGACACCAUCGGCCAGAGUUUCAGCAAUAAAUUUAGUUGGUGAUCUCCUUAGGAAGGUUGGGGCUUUGGAAUCGAAAUUAGCAUCGUGUCGUGGUACAGUUAGACCUAAAGAGCAUUCACCAAACACGACCUCGGAAGUCAAUAAGGACUACAGAUGUGUACUCAAGAAUUAAGAGAAUCCGUAACGCCAUCCAUUCAUCUACAUUUUUUGUGUCUGCAACAGGCCGCCGCAACUCUGGCUUGUGUUAUAGUGUGAUAUUAUAUUAAAUACAUAUAUCAAUCAGAUCAAACGAACGUAUAUUGCUUCAAGUUGUCGUUAAUACUAAAUAUUCAUGAAAAAAUUAAAAUCUGUGAUCGUCUAAUCACAUUUUCCUAAUAUACUAAUAAUAUCUGUGAUGAUCAAAUAGUUAAGUAUCGGAUGUGUUGAACGAUGUGUUUUUGGCCUACCCACCGCAGAUCCGACAGGACUGCAGCACGCCUUGUAGUGAAUAGCUUCGACACAUUGUGGUGUUUCUUGUAUGGUACUUGUGCGCGUGUGGAUUGUAUGACAAUCAUUACUGAUAAGAAUUCGGCAAGUUUAGGAUUCCCUCCAGUCGCACGAAAGUCAAGAGAGUCAUCGCUAAGAAAACACGCUAGUGUUGAUGAAGGAGUAUUUAAUAAUAACUUCAAUAUGAAUUUUUUGUAAGUCAUUGUAAAUGGGCAUAUAAAAUUAUUUUCGAAAAUGAUUUAGUGUAAAUAAUAUCGUACGUGAUCAGAGUAAGUACGUUUGAAAUCGGUAUUCUGAUAAUUCUUUGUAAAAGUAUUUACUAUAUAAAAUUGAUUUUUAUUAUAUCAUAAUAUGCAUUAGCGAGUUAUAUUGUUCGUUCUACUUUUCAACAAUAUAUAGUAAUUCUUAAAAGAAGAAGAAUGCAAUCCAAAAUUACAUCGACGUUUUCAAAUUUCCGAGUAAAAAAAUUUCGUCGUCUUUAUACCGUAAUGGAAAACUUUGAAAUAUUUAACAAUAAUAUGAUCUUGAAACGUUCCACGGCCAUCCUAUGAACUUUGUCGUAACUAACCCAACUUGCAUGCAUGUUUAUGUUGAUAUUUUUAUUCGUUAGCAUGGAAAUACAAUUAAUACUUACUGAAAUGUACUGGUUUUCAUCAUACUCGAAUAUUAUUUAUGCAAAAUAACAAAAAUUAGAAGUGCUAUAAUUUUAUAGCCGUUUGUCCCAAGUAAUCUUUUGUAACAAUCAUACAAAUAUGCUCAUAAGGUUUAGGUACGUAAAAAGCAAUGUUAAAUUUAAUAACUGACAAGUCUUGCCUUAAAAUGUUAAUCAUUUGAAGAUUAUAUGUAGAUGCAUAAUGUUAUAUACCUACAUAAUGUUAUUUCAGAUUACAUUUACUUUGGAAGUUGCAUUCCGUUUCAUUUUCAAUAAUAUCACUGGACUGCAAAUUUAGAAUUAGUUUUAUAUUAAUUUUUGUCUUCGUAACAGGUGUUUUUAUUUAAAUAAAUUCUGAAUCAUAUCCUAAGUUUUAGUGAUACAUUUAAAUAAAAUUUGGUUUAGGAUUUUUACAAUUGUACGAUAUCUGUGUAUUUGCCCAGUUUUGCUGCAAAUCGUUUUGUAACGUAAGCAUUUAUGCAUUCACGCGUGUGGUGACCAACAAUUUUAUUUUUUGCGCAAUAUUAAAUAUUGAG